UUGGCCGGCGUGGUAUAGAUGAACAUGGAUACGAAAUUAUGAGCCCCUGCCAGGUUCAGGAAGUGGAUGCUGCGCGGGUCCAUUCCCAAGAACAAGGUCCAGUUUCCUAAGACUGGGACUUCAUAGCACAAUGACUCAAGCAGAAAUUAAACUAUGUUCUUUGCUGCUCCAAGAGCAUUUUGGAGAGAUAGUGGAUAAAAUUGGAACUCAUCUUAUCAGAACAGGUGGCCAACCAUUGAGAGUAAUUGUUCAUGAUACAGGAACAUCACUAGAUCAGGUGAAGAAAGCCUUGUGUGUCCUUAUCCAACAUAACCUGGUUACAUACCAGAUACACAAACGGGGGAUUGUAGAAUAUGAAGCCCAUUGCAGUCGGAUUUUGCGGAUCCUAAGGUAUCCCCGAUACAUCUAUACAGCCAAGACCUUGUACAGUGACACAGGGGAGCUGAUUGUUGAGGAACUCUUGCUCAAUGGGAAAAUGACCAUGUCAGCUGUGGUGAAGAAGGUGGCUGACCGACUCACAGAGACCAUGGAGGAUGGGAAAACCAUGGACUACUCUGAGGUGUCCAGCACAUUUGGCCGUCUAGCAGAUACACACUUUGUACAGCGAUGCCCCUUUGUUCCUGAUUCCACAGACAGUGCCGAUGUUCAGCCGCCACCACCUGCCCCAACACUUAGCAUUAAUGAGAAGGACAUGUACCUGGUUCCCAAAUUGAACCUUAUAGGAAAAGGAAAGCGGAGGCGAUCAUCUGAUGAUGAUGCAGCCGGAGAGCCCAAGCCUAAGCGGCCAAAGCAAACAGCAGAGAGCAAAGAGCCCAUUCCAGAUGAUGGCAUUUACUGGCAGGCCAACCUUGACAGAUUUCACCAGCAUUUCCGUGACCAGUCUAUUGUGAGUGCAGUCGCCAACAGAAUGGAUCAGACCAGCAGCGAGAUUGUUCGGACCAUGCUCCGAAUGAGUGAAAUCACCACUUCCUCCUGUGCUCCUUUCACCCAGCCCCUGUCUUCGAACGAGAUCUUCAGAUCUCUCCCUGUUGGAUAUAACAUCUCUAAGCAAGUUCUAGAUCAGUAUUUGACUCUUCUGGCAGAUGACCCAUUGGAGUUUGUUGGGAAGUCAGGUGACAGCGGCGGAGGAAUGUAUGUCAUCAACCUCCACAAGGCAUUGGCAUCACUGGCCAUGGCAACGCUGGAGUCCAUUGUACAGGAAAGGUUUGGGUCUCGCUGUGCCAGGAUAUUCCGACUAGUUUUGAGGAAGAAGCACCUGGAACAGAAGCAGGUGGAAGAUUUUGCCAUGAUUCCUGCCAAAGAAGCUAAGGAUAUGCUAUACAAGCUGCUAUCAGAAAAUCUCAUAUCCUUACAGGAGAUCCCUAAAACACCAGACCAUGCCCCCUCUCGGACCUUCUACCUAUAUACGGUGAAUUCCCUGUCUGCUGCCCGAAUGCUGCUGCACCGCUGCUACAAGAGCAUUGCCAACUUGAUAGAAAGGCGGCAGUUUGAGACCAAAGAGAACAAGCGACUGCUGGAGAAGUCCCAGCGAGUAGAGGCCAUCCUUGCAUCCAUGCAGGCCACAGGAGCUGAAGAGGCACAGCUACAAGAGAUUGAGGAGAUGAUCACAGCCCCUGAACGCCAGCAGCUGGAGAGUUUGAAACGCAAUGUCAACAAGUUAGAUGCCAGCGAGAUCCAAGUGGAUGAAACCAUCUUCGUGCUGGAGUCCUAUGCAGAGAGUACCAUGAAAAGAGCUUGAUAGGGGUUAGGGGGGGAUCCUUCCUGGGGGAAGAAUAAAAUGCAUAUUUGAUGAAUGGCAACAAAUUGGUUAUGCACAUAAACAGCACAGGCUGCCUCCCCAGCCUCUUCCCCCUCCAAUACGCUCCCUCAGUCAAAGAUUAAUGAUCUUCAGUGUGUGCCUGAGUUAGACUGCACAAAAGCAGAAUGCACAGGCCCUGGGGCUGAUGUGUGCCACCACCUCCUUCUGGGCAUCUUGCUGCUGCUACGACCUGCCCCAUGGAGUUGGCAUGGUAGCGCAGCUGCUGCCCCCAAAGCACACAGGCGGCCUCCCAGGAUUGGAGACCAGGAGCAAAAUGGCAGCAAUUCUGUAAGGUUGUCAACAUUGUCCUAGGUCUGUGAUGGUUUCCUCUUCACACCUCUUCUUUUUUUUUUUUUCAAACAUUUAUUAAUAUUCAUUUUUAACAUGGUUACAUGA